CGCCACUUUUUAUAUAAUGUCAUUUUCGACAAAAAGACGUAGCUAUUUAAUUAUUUUCAGAACCGAAUUCCUAGUUAAAAUAAAGCAAAACCUCAACUAAAAUGGCGGAGCCCGAUCUAAACGUCGACAAUCUGAUACAAAGAUUGUUAGAAGUGCGAGGAUCCCGCCCCGGAAAAUCCGUCCAAAUGUCAGAAGCAGAAGUUCGGGGCUUGUGCCUCAAAUCCCGAGAAAUCUUCCUGCAGCAGCCCAUCCUCCUCGAACUCGAGGCUCCUUUGAAGAUAUGCGGAGACAUCCACGGCCAGUACACAGAUCUGCUCCGCCUCUUCGAAAUCGGGGGCUUUCCUCCAGAAGCCAACUACCUCUUCCUCGGCGACUACGUGGACCGCGGAAAACAGUCUCUGGAGACCAUCUGCCUGCUCUUAGCCUACAAGAUCAAGUACCCAGAAAACUUCUUCCUGCUCAGAGGCAACCACGAGUGCGCUUCGAUCAACCGAAUCUACGGCUUCUACGACGAGUGCAAGCGGCGCUACAACAUCAAGCUGUGGAAGACCUUCACCGACUGCUUCAACUGCUUGCCCAUAGCUGCCAUCAUCGACGAAAAAAUUUUCUGCUGCCAUGGGGGCCUAAGUCCCGACCUGCAGGGCAUGGAGCAGAUAAGGCGCAUCAUGCGGCCGACGGACGUCCCCGACACGGGGCUGCUGUGCGACCUGCUGUGGUCCGACCCCGACAAGGACGUGCAGGGCUGGGGCGAGAACGACCGCGGGGUGUCGUUUACUUUCGGCGCGGACGUGGUGAGCAAGUUCUUGAACAAACACGACCUGGAUUUGAUCUGUCGAGCGCACCAGGUGGUGGAAGAUGGGUACGAGUUCUUCGCCAAAAGGCAGCUGGUGACGCUUUUUUCCGCCCCGAAUUACUGCGGGGAGUUCGACAAUGCGGGAGGAAUGAUGACGGUGGAUGAGACUUUAAUGUGUUCUUUCCAUAUAUUGAAACCGGCUGACAAGAAAGCCAAGUACCAGUACCAAGGAGUCAAUACGGCACGGCCGUCGACUCCUCAGAGGAACCCUGCAGCUAAAAAGAAAUAAAAGACGUGAAAGUAUACAACUAUAUUGUUGACGUUGUUUUCUUAUUGUCAACCGAUGCAUUUGUAACACUAUAUUCUCUUUUCCUGCUAGAUGGGACUGGAUUUUUUAUC